AUGGACAUGGAGUCCGAAGCUCCAAAUGCUCCUACGGCGGAAUCAUCGAAACGAGCCAGAUCCCGUUCGCCAGGUCCUUCCGAGUCCAUUAACGAUUCAGCGCCUCCAGCUAAGAAGAUCGCAGUGGACCAAAAAGCGGCGGAUGUCAGCGGAGACGUGACCGCAGACGCUGCCGAUUCAGUCCAGUUGGCCUCUAAAGAUGAUCUCAAGGCUGAACAAGAGCCCAAAGUCAAGGCUGAAUCUUCGUCUGGCUCAGUUCGACCCCGUCACGAGGAGGACCUAGUAGGACAAGGAAGAAGAGGAUACAAAGGUCAAGGGGUUGGCGAUCGUAGGGGUCAAUUUGGACGGGAUGACAAGAGAGAUUGGCAUAGAGGCGACAAGCAGAGUGCAAGGGACCAGAAGAAGGAGUCAUCAGAUGCUGUCGGGGGGAAAGACAGUGGAGCUGUGGACGAGGACGAAGCUGGAAUCGAUGAGAACGGAGACAAGGUCAAACGAUUGCCGAAGAAAAAGGUUGCCAUUCUGCUCGGGUACUGCGGAACAGGCUACUCUGGUAUGCAGAUCCAGACACACCAUGGAGCAAAGACUAUUGAAGGCGAUUUCUUCGACGCACUCAUCAAAGCCGGUGCAGUCUCCCCCGAGAACGCAGUAGAUCAUCGGAAAGUCGAUGUACAACGAGCAGCGAGGACAGACGCGGGAGUACACGCUGCUGGAAAUUGCAUUUCCAUGAAAAUGAUCAUCGGGUCUCCAUUACCUCCUGAACAUGAGACUCUCGAGAGCUACGUCAAUUCGUUCUUACCUGAACAAAUCCGAAUGUGGGGUUACGUGAGGACCUUGAAGUCUUUCCAAGCGAGAUUAUCAUGUGAUUCUCGAGUCUACGAAUACGUUCUUCCUUCGUAUUGCCUUCUUCCACCUCGAGCAGGGGAGCCUCUCACGAUCAACCUCGAUCAAUCCAGUCCAGGGUGGAAAGCUGGUCUUGGAGUGGCAGCGGAAUUUGCAGAUGCCGGCGUGGACUUGGCGCCCGGCGCGGAGGCGAUUGAGGGUAGUACAGGGGCGGAGAAGUCGGGAGACGAGACGAAGAGGGAAGAGAGGGAGAAACUCGAUAACCGGUCCAGAGGGGAAUACGAGCGUCGAAGAGGUUGGCGAGUCGAUAAGGACACUUUGGCGAAAUUCAGAGCUUUGAUCAAGGAGUUUGAAGGGACGCACAACUUUCAUAAUUACACCGUCGGAAAACCUUUCAGAGACCGUACCGUCAAGCGAUUCAUGAUGAAUCUCAAGGUCAGAGAUCCACAAGUCGUAGGAGAUAUCGAGUGGAUCUCGGUCCGAAUCCACGGCCAGAGCUUUAUGCUGCAUCAAAUUCGCAAAAUGAUCUCUAUGGCCAUGUUGGCGUGCAGAACCAACAGUCCGGCGUCACUCAUCCCAGAGACGUUCGGUCCCAAAACUAUCCACAUUCCCAAAGCACCCCCUCUUGGUCUUCUGCUUGAAGCUCCUCAAUUCGGUUCUUACAACUCUCGGGUCAAGGAACAAAAAGACCCUCAAGCUGAACGUGAUCCUAUCGAUUGGGCGCUAUACGGCGACAAAAUGCAAGAAUUCAAGCUCAAGUUUAUUUACGAAAAGCUAAGACAGGAUGAAUUGGAAUCGCAUAUCUUUCAUAAGUGGAUAAGGCAGAUUGACUGCACGUCUUCCGCUUCGCUCUCCUUUCUCAACUCAAAGGGCGUCAUACCGCCCGAAGCGCAGGUCCAACCAGGACGUGACAUGCCAGGUGAAAAGAAGGGAUCUGGCAAGACGGAUGGAGGGGAUGAAUUAAACAGUGAUGAUGAGGAGAAGAUUGAUCCCGAGCUGUUGAAGCGGGGCGAGCUGGAAGGGUAG